CACCUCCCUGUUGAAAAAAGCCACGUCCAUUAGAAUUGAUUAUUGUAUACUUUUGCUUUUGCAAAAUGAUUCUAAUUCACUUCAUUUAGCAUCAGUCCAUGUAAGUCUCUCCAGGCCUCUCUGAUAUCAUCCCGCUGAUCAUUUCUUAUAGAACAAUAAUAUUCCAUAACAUUCAUACACCAUAACUUAUUCAGCCAUUCUCCAGCUGAUGGGCAUCCAUUCAGUUUCCAGUUUCUUGCCACUAUAAAAGGGCUGCCACAAACAUUUUUGCACAUGUGGGUCCCUUUCCCUCCUUUAAGAUCUCUUUGGGAUAUAAGCCCAGUAGAAAUAUUGCUGGAUCAAAGGAUCUGCCCUUUGGGCAUAGUUGUAAAUUGUUCACAAUCAGUUCACAACUCCAUCAACAAUGUAUCAAUGUCCCCAUUUUCCCACAUCCCCUCCAACAUUCAUCAUUAUCUGUUCCUGUCAUCUUAGCCAAUCUGUGUGUAGUAGUACCUCAGAAAUGUCUUAAUGUGCAUUUCUCUGAUACAAAGCCCCUGUUGGGGGUGAAUAACACCCCAACAAACUUCGGGUCCCCAGGCCAGUAUCACAGGUAUGGCUAAAGAAUUUGCAGACUCAGUUUGUCUCCAGGUUAAGGGGCAAAGAUUUAUUAUGCUGGCAACAGGGAGCUAAGUUCCAAAAUGGAUUAGCAAAGAACCAGGAGCAAGAAGAUAAAUUUAUAGGAAAAGGAUGGAGGGAUCUGGUGUUUCAUGUCACUGAUAAGCUAAUUUUUAUUAUCCCCCUCAAUAUUGAAUUUUAUGGUUUAGAGAUGGAAAAAGCCUCGGAAACCCUGCUGUCACAGACUGAAGUCUGGUGAGUCUGUCAGCCAGUGUAGUGUGUGGAGCUACUGCACUGUCAGGACGGCCGGCCUCAGGGCUGCUGCCACAUCUCCCCUAGAAGCUGUCCCGGCACCCAGAAUAAGGGGCUGACUGGCCCCGGAGAGUGACGGUGAAUUCGGUUUCUUUUGUUUGGUGUUGUAAGAGGAACGCAGAAGUUUAAAAACCCUCGGCUCCUACAUGUAAGGUGGUGGCGGCUGCGAGAUUUUACUGGUCCGUAGCACGAGACCCUCAGGUCUCUGGCACCCGGUUUGCCCAUUAUUAACCAGUUACCCGCGGGCAGCCUUCCCGGCUGGCCUAGCGUCGCGAGUCCUAGAUGGGAGUCCCCAGAAUCUUCCCCAGACCUUCCAAUCUUUAAAGCUCGCUCCACCAGAGGCCCAGGUCAUUGUGAGCACGAGCACUCGAUCCGGCUGAACCGGGUGUAAGGAAACCACCUACUGGACACAUGGAGAAGGCCAGGAGAGGAUGGGUCAAGGAUUUCGGUCCCCCCACCAACCCAGCAGGUGGCGCUGUGGGAACAAACCGCAGGCGGAGCUAGACGGCUCUGUUUACGCGGCUCCCAGCGUACAUGGCCUCGGCUACACAGGGGCGGAACUGGAAAGCCGCUCACGUGGGUGCGAGUGUACGGAACUCGUACCUGCCGCUUUCCGCCAGCCGCGUGGGUUUUGUGGUAAUAGUCCUGGUCAGAGGCUCCCGAACUCGCGAUGUCUUGGUAGAGAGCCCGGACUUCUAGUUCCCCCAACUUGCCCGGUUUCCAGCGGCCGGAUCCCCCGGGUGGGAAGGGAGCGUCUGCUGUCUCGUCUACACCGUAGAUCCGACUGCCGGCGGGAGGCCAGUGUGCGGGACAUGCUGCAGUGGCCGGCUCGCCUAUGGGCCCCUGUCCGGCGCGCUUCGGCUUUUCUCCCAGCGCGGCUCCUCUCACGGAAGAACUCUUUCCCGAGGACGCCCCCCUGGAAGGCGGGACCUCGGCCUGAGGCCCGGCCGGGGGGCGCGGAGCUGCUUCGUCUCCGGGAGGACGACCUGCCCCUGCCCGGACGGCAGGAAGUGCUGUUUGGGCUGGCUCCCUGUGCCCUCGCACUGCGGGCUGCGCGUCGAGAUGUGACCCGUCUCCUCCUCCUAAAGGGGGGGGCGGGAUCCGGGGCGCGGGAUAAGCUGGCUCGAGCCGCCGAGGCUCUGGGCGUCCCGGUGCAGCCCAGGAGGCGCCGGGAGCUGGAUACCUUGUGUGGGGGUCAGGUUCAUCAGGGUGUCUGUAUGGAGGUGGCCCCUCUGCUCCCCACGGCCUAUCAGAAGGACGAAGAGGCCUGGCCGGCAGAGGGGCCGGCGGCCCGGCGCCUGUGGCUAAUCCUAGACGAGAUCCAAGACCCUCGGAACCUGGGCGCCGUACUGCGCACCGCACAUUUCCUGGGAGUGGAUAAGGUCAUCACCAGCCAGAUAAACAGUUGCCCCCUGACUCCAGUGGUUAGCAAGGCCAGUGCAGGAGUCAUGGAAGUAAUGGAUAUCUUUGCAACUGAUGAUCUUCCAGGCUUGUUGAAGGAUAAGGCUCAACAAGGCUGGCUUGUUGCAGGCACUGUGGGUUGCCCAGGGUCUGGGAUUGUUCAGUGCUCUAACGUCCCCAUUACCAGUUGUCGAGAGUUCCUCUGGGACCGAUCUACUCUUCUGGUGUUAGGAAAUGAAGGUUUUGGGCUAUCCCAUGAUGUCAGAAGCCUGUGCCAUAUUUUGCUAACCAUCCAGCCUGGGCGGGAGCUCAUCCCAGAAGUGGAGUCCUUGAAUGUCUCUGUGGCUGCAGGGAUCCUUCUCUAUUCCAUCAUCAGCCAGAGGAAAGGGCAUGGAGAUUGGCUUCAGAAGGAAACAAGUGCUGUUGCUUGUGACUCUCCACAAUCCUCAACUUCUUCUGAAAAGCCUGAACCUGGAACCAGCCAAGGCCUAGGACUAUAGGAGCCAACUGUGGCUGCAGAACCAGCUAAGGCCUAGGGUUGUGGGAACCAACUGUGGCUGCAGAACCAGCCAAGGCCUAGGGUUGUGGGAGCCAACUGUGACUGCAGAGCCCAGAUCAGGAAGAGAGGGACCAAAGGAGGAAUUCCCAGAGGGGGGUUGACUUGGAUUUUGGGCCUCUGGGCAUGUGUAUGUGCAAAUGUGUGUGCCUAUCUGUGUACUGGGUUUGACUGGGUUCUUGUUCCCCCACCUCCUAAAUGAAAUGAAGCCUUUCUGGAUCCUUUUCCAACUUCUCAAGGCCCUGUUUCUGCCCUUGCACUAAUGAUUUUGCAGCUGUUUUCUUCCUGAUAGAAUGUAAGCUCUAUAAGGACAGGGACUGGUUUUUUUUCUAUUUGUAUGUCAGGACAGUUGAGAACUAGGUUACUGAUUGUGAUUGCAUACAUGGAUAGGUCCAAAUACCUGUUUGAGUCCUUGAUAAUGUUCAUGUACAGACAAACCACACCAAUAUGCAUUUAUUCAUAAUAAUUGCAGCCCAAACUGGGAGUCUUCAGUAUAUGGGAAGGAAUUCAUUGUAUUGUCUGUAAAAGAAGAAAAAUGAUAGCACCUCUCCCUUCAAGGGUUGACUUAAGAAUCACAGGAAAUGAAUGUGACACGGUUUGUUAGAGGAUUGCAAAUUUAGUAGUAGAAAAGAUCUCAGAGGCUGUCCUAUCUACUCCGUCCAACCCCAUCCGUGUCGUUGAGGGGAUAAGUCACAGGGAGUGAGGUUAGGUGAUUUCCUAAGACCUCUGAGCCUCAAAGAAGAAGAUAGGAAGAAGAGGAAUCCCUGCUGCUGUAGAAGAAGCACUGACAGAGUGUCAGAACUAGAAGAGACCAUCUCAUCUUAACAGUAUUUUACAGAGGAAGAAACAGGCCCAGAGAGUUAAAGGAGGCCAGACAGCAUAUUUGUUACAAGUCAGGACUAGAGCUGUUAAUUCCCCAGCUCCUGGUCUGGUGCUCUCAUGUCCCCUGCAGAGCCCAACCCACUGGGGAUCCUCCUCAGCCCAGAAAGCUUUGGCCACAGGGAGGCCUAAGUAGGUUUGGCUAGAUGCCUUUUAUCUCCCUUUCUUUCUAUUUUCUGAGAAUCAAAAAGACUGCCAUUGAGAUUUUAAUUUGUAGAUCAUGCCUUUCUUUUUUUUUCCCCUUCUUAUUUUUAAAAAUAGAAAUUAUUUUAUACUACUAAUAAUUUCCAGUCAACCACUGCUCACCAAAAGAACUUUUCCUUAUGACCAACAGAGGGAAUUGACAAAGCUGUAUUAGACAAAGUAUUUACACAAAGGGAUAUAUGUUUCAUUAUCAACCCCCUGAAAUCAAGAUUGGUCAUUUUAUUUAUCUGAUUUCUGAUUUAUGUUAGUAUUUGGAGUCAGUAUAUGGAAUUUUUUCCCCUCCUCUUUUGCUUUCUUCAUUCUGUAUUAAUUCAUAGACGUCUUUUCCAAUUGAAGUUUUGUGGCACAAGAAUAUUCCAUUAUAACUGUUGAAUAUAAUUUGUCCACUCCAGACCUGACUUUUCUUUGAAAAUUUGGAUCUUACUACAUCUUCUUCCCCAUCCUCUCCCACCAUUACCCAAAUGAUACAUUGGGAUAUUCUGUCUGUAUUCUGUCUGGGACUACCUGUUCUAGGUGCAUUUUUUUCUCACCACCACAGGCCCUCCUAUGAUAUUUUUCCACAAGAGGGAAGCUUUAUUCUUUUCUCUUUUUUGCUUUUCAAAAUUUUUAUAUAUUUUUUCUUUUUUUCCCCUGAGCCAGUUGGAGUUAAGUGAAUUGCCCAGGGUCACAUAGCUAGGAAGUGUUAAGUGUUUGAGGCCAAAUUUGCACGCAGAUCCUCUGGACUUCAGGGCUGGUGCUCUAUCCAUUGUACAGACUAGCUGCCCCAUUUUUAUUCAUUUUUUUGUGUUUCAAUUUUAUUUUGCAUUCCAAAUUUUCCUCCUCUCCUCCCCCUCACACCUGAUUAAGAAGGAAUGGAAAACAAAACCCAUUCCAAGUAAGUAUAGUUAGGUAAUACAAACUCCAACACCAGCCAUGCCAUAUCCAAAAAAGAAAAUAGGCUUUCAUGAAUGUGCAAGGACUAGAUCCUUAGGUACCUGAAGCCCUUGGGCCUGUCCAUACGGGCUUUGUGGAUCCCCAGCAUGGUGAGCCAGGGAGAAGGAGGGGAACUGUGAAUUUGGUUAUUUGCUCUCAGGAGGAAGAGGGUCUAGAGUCUCUGGGAAUCCUUUGUGAGACCUGGAUAUCUCCAUUAGGUGGCGCUCUUGGUCUUUGGUAAAUCUGUGCCUAAGCUGAAGGCUUUGACAUAGGAGGAGGUGAUUAGCACCCCUGACCUCUUCCUCCCGAGGCUGCUCUGAUUUCUUGGGGUUAUGGAGACGAAAUCUCUUUCUCAAACCAAGUUAACCCGACAAUGUCUAGUGUCAGGAUUGUGGAGAUCAUAGCAUCUUGCAGACUUGAAUCUGGAAGAGACCUUAUAGGUUAUUUAGUGUAAUAUCUUCAUUUUAUUUUAUUUUAUCUUAUUGUUUUGUUAUUCUAAACUUAAAUGCCAAAUAAAGUGAGCAUUUCCUUGUUGAAUGUGGAACAUGAGAGGAGUGUAAUGCAGCUGAAUAUUAUUUAGAGCCCUUAUUUUAAAAAAUAAUAUUGUUUAAUAUUUUCCAGUUACAUAUAAAAAAAUUUGACAUUCACUUAAAAAAAUUUUGUGUUUCCUCCCCUCACCCCUUCCUUGAUAAGGCAAGCAGUUUGAUAUCAAAUGUGAAGUUAGAGAGCUUGUUUUUAAGUUUUAUAAUAAAUUUACCUUGUAACUUUUAAAGUUA